AAAAGAAUAAGGCCAUGAGGAGGUGAUCGAAACGCAGUUAGGCCAUCACGAGCACGAGUCCCAAACCCAAACCCUUCCCCGGGGAAAAAAAACGCCGGAAACAAGGGUCGGUGGUGUCAGCCGUGAUUUUGUGAACGACGAUACAGGUGAAUCUGAAAAUUUCUAUAAGCAAUCGAUUACAGAAACCAGAGGAGAGUGGCCUGCGAAGGAUCAGCCAAGAAACGCUGUGUUUUGAAAAGGGCUAAGCGGCGAGUGAUCCACAAAGUAGGAACGAAACGAACGGAGAAGACGAUUUCACGCACAGUUCACAGGGUAUAUGGGUGAUCGACAAGUAAUGGAGUCGCAGCACACAGUUGAUCCUCCGCUGCCCUCUUCGCCUCCUUCGAGGGAUGAUAUGGUUGCUUGUGUCAUGGCUUUGGAGGCUGCUUUGCUUCCUUGCUUGCCUGCCAGAGAACUUCAAGCGAUAGACCGCUCCCCCCACCCUUCACAUCAAAUGAACAACUACACAUGGGCUGGAUACAAUUUCUCACUGAAUGUUGACGUAGAGAGGCAUGCCAGAGAUUUUAUGGAGGCUGCCAAGAAGCUUCAACUUUAUUUUAUCAGCCUGCUGCGUGAGAGUCAGCCAUCAAAAGCUGAAAUGCUUAGAAAGGAGAUUGCUUUGAUGGAAGAAGAACUUAAGAGAAAAACGGAGUUGAUUAAAAAGCAAGAGAAUCUAAUUCAGGGGUGGAGAAAUGAGUUAAAAGACCAGUUAGACAAGCACAGUACUGAGUUGGACAGAGUUUAGCGAAAGUUCCUCCGCUGAGAGCAAGGUUUUUUAGAAUACCAGAUGAUGGAAUAAAAAAAGAAGCUGAUAGCUGGGAAAUGUCACCAGUGUUAGAAUAGUUUGUGAUAACGGGAAAAACAAAAUUUGAGAAGAGAUCUCAUCCGACGCGGGGAAUAUUUCAUGUUGAAGAUCGUAAUGCUUAUGGGUUUGGCAUUCUUCUUUCCAUUGCUAAAGUAUGAACUUUCUUGCUAGAUUGUAGUUCUGAAGUGCUAAUGUCUGAGUUAUCACUGUGAAAAUUGUGUUUUAGAGCUUGUUGUGUUGUGCACUUUAUUUUUACUUUUAAAACAUUUAUUAUGUAAGAUGAGAAUCAAAACAAUUAGCAAUCGCUGAUUGAUUUUUUCUUUUUGGAUGAAAAAGAAAGUUUACCAAACUUGUUUAAAGGAAACUACAACCAAUGACAAGAUUUGAAGAGACAUUUAAAAGA